UCAAAUACGAGAAGUACUGGUUGAAGCAAAAUACAGGCUUCCAGGAAAUGUAGUACAGAAAUGGCAAGAAAAAGCUAAAAUAAUCGAAUUAAACUCAGGUUCAAUUAAUUAUCUAACAAACAUGAGUCAAAAAGAGGUUAAAAAAAAAGAAAAAGAAGAGAUACUAGUUAGAGACAAGAAAGAAAAUAGUUUAGAAACUGUACAGCAACAAUUACAAAAAUUAGAUAUAGCAACAGACCAACAAAAUCAGGUUGCUAGUAAACAAGAGGAAAUGAAGCAAGAUAAUAGCAAGACUAAAAGGGUUGCUAAGAGGGGCGUCAGAGAUACUUCUGCUGAACAAACUAAGAAAGAUAAAGCUACAAUAAGGCUAGUAAGAUACAACAACUGGGUACUAGAAUGGGAAACCCAAUACAACUCAAAUAAAGAUAAUCAAAACAGAUUAGAGAGAUCACAAUCAAGAGAAAAGGAAGAAAAAAUACUUGGUGCAAGAAGAAAAAGAGAAAAAAAAGAGCUUAGUGAAGAAUUUGAAUACAAAAAAAAUGAAGCAAAGGAAUUAGCAAAAGAAGAAACAACAAAAAAUAGGAAGAAGAAUAUUAAAGAAGACAAAGAAGCGAAGCAAAAAAGAACCAAAAAUAAAGAAGAAACAAGUUAA